AUGGAAGAAAUCCCUCUCCAACAAGUCAUGGAUUCAUUCAUAAUCUAUGCUUCCCAACAAAAUGCAACUAACUUAGUUACUCAAGAGAUCGAGUCGACUGGGAACCCAUUUGGUCCACAUUCCACCCUGAAGAUACCCUGGACCCAAUUCAGUCCUUCAGACGUAAGGCUAGCGCCCUUUCCAACUCGUGAAUAUACGGACGACGAGUUCCAGUCCAUCAUCAAGAAAGUCAUGGGAGUGCUGUAUUUACUGGGAUUUCUCUAUCCAAUCUCUCGUCUGAUCAGCUAUUCAGUGCUUGAGAAGGAGCAGAAGAUAAAAGAAGGUCUUUAUAUGAUGGGUCUGAAAGAUGAGAUGUUCCAUCUUUCUUGGUUUAUUACUUAUGCUUUGCAGGAGCAGAAGAUAAAAGAAGGUCUUUAUAUGAUGGGUCUGAAAGAUGAGAUGUUCCAUCUUUCUUGGUUUAUUACUUAUGCUUUGCAGUUUGCGGUUUCUUCUGCGAUAAUCACUGUCAGCACACUGGGUACUCUUUUUGAGUACAGCGACAAGUCUGUAGUGUUCAUGUACUUCUUUUCGUUUGGACUCAGUGCAAUCAUGCUGUCCUUUCUGAUCUCUACGUUCUUCACACGGGCAAAAACAGCCGUGGCUGUUGGGACCCUUUCUUUUCUUGGGGCCUUUUUUCCCUAUUAUACUGUUAAUGAUGAGGCUGUUUCCAUGAUUGUAAAGGUCAUUGCUUCUUUGCUUUCACCCACGGCUUUUGCUUUAGGGUCAAUUAACUUUGCUGAUUACGAACGUGCCCAUGUUGGACUCCGUUGGAGCAACAUAUGGAGGGCAUCAUCUGGAGUUUGUUUUUUGGCCUGUCUGUUGAUGAUGUUGCUUGACGCUUUGUUGUACUGUGUAAUUGGACUUUAUCUAGAUAAGGUCCUUCAUAAGGAGAAUGGAGUGCGUUAUCCAUGGGACUUUUUAUUUUGCAAGUGCUUUUGGAGGAAGAACAAUAGAACCGAACAUCAAGCUUGCAGUUCAGAAGUUAAUAUUAUUGGUGAGCAUUCCAAGGAAAAGGCCAAUUUUUCUGAGAAGGAUAUUCAUGAACCAGCUCUGGAAGCAACGAGCUUAGAUAUGAAACAAAAUGAGCUUGAUGGCAGAUGCAUCCAAAUUGGGAAUCUGCACAAGGUGUAUACUGCUAAGAAAGGAAAGAUUUGUGCUGUUAAUAAUUUACAGCUCACAUUAUAUGAAAAUCAGAUUCUUGCACUUCUAGGACACAAUGGAGCUGGUAAAAGCACGACAAUAUCGAUGCUUGUUGGCCUUCUGCCUCCUACUUCAGGGGAUGCAUUGGUUUUUGGAAAGAGUAUCUUAACUGACAUGGAUGAAAUUCGGAAGAAUUUGGGUGUGUGCCCUCAGUAUGAUAUUCUUUUCCCGGAGUUAACUGAUGAAAUUCGGAAGAAUUUGGGUGUGUGCCCUCAGUAUGAUAUUCUUUUCCCGGAGUUAACUGGGAGACAGGGAGGCAGAGGGAGGAAGGCAGAGGACCUGCAUGAGGUAAAGGAGCACAUGGUGAUAUUUGCUAAUUUGAAGGGUGUGGAUGAAGACUCUCUGGAGAGCAAUGUGACUGAAAUGGUUGAUGAAGUAAGUUUUCAUGUCUUUGUCUGUAAGAAUCUCACAGGCAUAUGCUAUCAUGCUUUCUGGAUUUUGACUUGCGUGUCUGAAACAAUGGUUGGUGGCAGUUGCAGUUGA